AUGUUGAGGAAUGCACUGCGCAAGCAGUUCGUCCUCCUCGGUAAGAAGCCUCCUCUCGAUCUUUUCUCCACGAUCUUGGCUUCUCGAUCUCCGGCACUCCGGUCUCAGCACAGCGAACCCACCCUCCUUCCGGAUCUCCAGUCGAGCAGCGAACAGGAAGCGCUGGACCUCGUCCGCCAGUGCUGCGAGCUGGGAUCUCUCGACCAGGCAAAGCGUCUCCACGCCUCCAUCCUCGAGAAGGGCGUCUCCAGCGCCAAGCUCUUCUCCAAGUACCUCAUCCGGAUGUACGCGCAGUGUGGCAGCCUUGAGGACGCGCAGCGCGCAUUCGAUGGCAUCGCUCACCCGGGCGUGGUCUCCUGGACCGAGCUCGUCAAGGCGUAUGCCCACACCGGGCAUCUUGGCGAAGCAUUUCGCUGCUUUCGCUGGAUGCUCCUCGCGGGCACCCGGCCGGAUCUAGUCCUCCUCUCGCAGCUCCUCCUCCACCAGGAGCCUCCGCUCGGCCUGGAAGAAGCCAAGCUCCUCGACGCGAUCGUCUGCUCGUCCGGGUACGCCAGAGAUUUGCUCCUGGGAACUUCGCUCCUGGUCUGGUAUGGGCGAUGCGGGCGGCUCGAGGAGAGCAAGGCCGUCUUCUCCAGGAUGGAGGGCCGCGACGCCGCUGCCUGGAACGCGAUGAUCUGGAGCGCCAUUCUCAGCGGCGAGAAGAAGGAGGCAUUGACACUCUUCCAGGCGAUGAAGGACGAGGGCGUUGCUCCGGAGGGUGUGGACUACUGGGCGGCGCUCAAGGCCUGCGAGCUUGUCUCGGAGGUGAGAGCUCUCCACGCCGAGAUCUCCUCGAGGAAGAUGGAGGGCGAUCCCGAUGUGGCCUCGGCGCUCAUCGACUGCUACGGACAGCUUGGUGAGCUCGAGGUGGCGGAGCAGCUCCUCUUCACUUUCGGUCUCGAGGAGGCCCCGUGCUGGACGAGCUUACUCGUCGCGUACGCUCGCCACGGAUACCACAGCCGGGUGAUCCAAGUCUUCCACGAGAUGCAGCACAGGCGCUUGACGGCCAACUUCGCCACCUUCGCCGCGGUGCUCGACGCCUGCGCCGGGCUGGGAGCUCUCGUCGAGGGGAGAGUCAUCCACCGGCGAGUCGUCGAGGUCGAGAAGCUCCCCAUCGCUGGAACUCUGGCGAGGUCCCUCGUCAGCAUGUAUGCCAAGUGUGGAGAGCUCGGGGAGGCGUGGAGCGUCUUUGAGGGUGUCACCGGCAAGCGGGAGCUCAGGCUCUGGAACACUUGCAUCGACGCGUUCGCGGCUCACGGGCAGGGGCACUCGGUGCUCCAGCUCUUCCAGCUGAUGCAGCAAGAGGGAGUGAAGCCGGAUCAAACCACCUUCUCGAGGCUGCUAUUCGUCUGCUGCUACGUUGGUCUCAUCGAAGCUGGCUAUGCUUUCUUCGCCUUGAUGAUCACUGACCACUUGCUAUCUCCUAGCCUGGAGAACUACGCCUGCAUGGUCGAUCUUCUGGGACGAGCUGGAAACCUAGAUGGAGCUCAAAAACUUAUCACCAGAACUCCAUAUCAAUCCAGCCCCGUUCUCUGGAGGAGCUUGCUAGCGGCUUGUGGGAUCCAAGGUGAUGUCGAGCGAGGAAAACGAGCCGCUGUUCAGAUCUUUACUUUGGAUCCAACCAUCGCGGAGGUAUACGUGGUGCUGGCGAGAAUCUACGAGAGCACUGCGAAACCGGCCAUCGCUCGAAAGGUAAAGCUGCUGAUGAAGGAGCGAGAUGUAAGCUCGGAGCUAGCCCGGAGCUGGAUCCAGAUCAGUGGUGUCAUUCACAGCUUCACCACUGGAGAUCAAACUCAUCCCCAAACCGAGGAGAUAUACGCUGCUCUCCAGAAGCUCGAGGCUGAUUAUCCGGCCUGGGAGGCUGCCGGGACGAGCAACAACGACUUGACCAUGCACGACGUCGAUGAGGAGGAUGAAAACUCGGUUCACAGCGAGAAGCUGGCUCUUGUCGUUGGCCUGAUGAACUCGCGGUUCCAGGAGAAUGAGACGCCGGUGGUGGUGUUUAAGAACAAGAGGAUGUGCCGUGAGUGCCACUCUUUCUUUGCGACGAUAUCGAAGGUGGCCGCUCGUGACAUUGUCGUGCGGGACAGCUCCAGAUUUCAUUGGUUUAGACAGUGUUCUUGUUCCUGUGGGGAUUACUGGUGA